AUGGCUUCCCGGCGUCAACAAACUGGUACAGAUACACGCGGCUGGUCGGCCGCGCCACACGAGUCCGUGCCGUCGCACGUGUUUGCGCAGGCCGUGCACGAGCUGCACGUUGACGGCGAGGCUGGCUUCCGACGCGACUGGGGUCGGCUGCACGUCGGCCGAGACGAGACCGAAGCGGACGUACCGGCCGGCAGGGCUGACGUGAAGGCCGCCGCAGCAGCGGCCACCGACUACCACCUGACUCGGGUUCCCAUCACCUCGCGGCUGUACCGCGGCAAGGCCCACCCAGAAGCGUACUUCGUGGAUGGGUACCAGCGGGUGCGGGCGUUUAUCGUGAUGCAACGUCCCGUGGCGGCCACCAGAGAUGCCCUCUGGCGACUGGUCUGGGAGCAAGGAGUCCGCAUCAUCGUGCUCAUGGGACCACUGCAGGGUGACGCGGAGCAGCUGUGGCCCGAGCCCGGUACGGCCCGGCAGUGCGGCCCACUCCUGCUGGAGACGCGCUCCCAGCACAGCCUCGCCACGCUCGUCGUCCGCCGCCUCGGCAUCUCCCGACUGAAGAGCCAGUCGAAAAAGGAGAAAAUGAAGGAAGUUCAUGUCAAGCUCUUCCAGUUCACCGCCUGGCCAGAGUAUGGGCUUCCUGACACCCCACUGCCGCUGCUGGACUUUGUCCAACAAACGCUCCAGCACUCCGAGGAAUCAAAGAACCCUGUGCUGGUCAUGGCUGGGUCGACGGUGAGCAGCGCCGCCGUUUAUGUGGCGCUGGUGGGCCUGCAGGCGCAACUCCGACAAAGGCAGGAGCUGGCUGUGCUCCCCUUCUGGCGGCACGCGCUCGACCAGUGUCCCUAUUUCCUGCCAACGCUGGAAGAGUACAUCUUCUUCCACGACUGCCUGCUGGAGCGGGUGAUGGCGGGGGAGACACUGGUACCCCGGGACAGGGUGCACCAGUUCCUGGAAGAGCUGCAGGGCGGCUGCAGGAAUAGCUACCCGUACCCGGCUGCCGAGAAACAGUACAAGCACGCGAUCGCUCUGGAGCCGCGCGACUUCACCGUGGUGUCAGCCGCCCGGCCCUGCAACCAGGCCAAGAACCGCAGUCUCAGCUUCAUCCCUAUGGAGCCGUCACGUGUCCAGCUGACGCCCAAGCUCAGCCAGGACGGAAGCGAUUACAUCAACGCCUCCUGGCUGCCAGGGUAUCGACACCUUCAGGAGUUCAUCCUGACGCAGCACCCUCUGCCGAACACGGUGCUGGACUUCUGGCAGAUGAUCUGGGACCAUCGCGUCACCACGGUCGCCUGUUUGACGUCAGAGGACUUGGGCAUCUUCUGGGCGCUGGAGGAGGAGGAGAUCGACUGCGAGGGCUUCGUAGUGCGCUACAUGUCGGAGACCGCUGGUUGCAGCGGCUCCUACAAGACGUCCUGGAUUGUCGCCACGUUCCUGAUGGAGUCUACAGAGGGUGACGUGGACCUGCUGGUGCGACUGGUGUAUCUGCCGCUGUGGCCAGAGGAGAGCUCCACCGACUCCGUCAUGGAGGGCGUGCUGGGCGUCAACGAGAUCCACGGAGACCGCACCUCGCCACUUGUCGUAGUUGACAGGAACGGUGGCACCGAGGGCGCCACUUUCUGUGUCCUUAGCACUGUUCUCCGCCAACUACAGUUCCAGCCGUAUUUCGACGUCUUUACCUACGCCAAGCUCUACCACCAGCGGCGACCGGGCAUCUGGAAAACGAUGCGCGAGUUCCUGUGCCUGUACCAAGUAGUGGAGGCCUGGCUGCCGACGGCGGAGGUGGGAGACGUCGUUUUCAGUCGUCAGUCGCGAGCACUCAGCGUGGUGCGGACUCCGGUCGAGGCCAAACUGAACGGCGUGCACGGCGUGAUGGUGUAGGCCCGCGAG